AGUCAGUCGCUCUCCGGGCCCCGUUGACGCGGUACGCGUCCUUUUCAAUACGGCUCAACGACGUGAAGUCGUGCGCGAUUGUAUAGUUUACGCCAGUUUUUGACGACCUCGGUGCGUGCACAAUUUACGGAGACGUUGGUUUACGAAGAUAAUAGACAAUGGCGGUCUUCGGCUUAGUCUCGGCCGUAGCGGGCUUCGUAAAAGUUCGUUAUUUAAUAGACAAGGCUAUUAUCGACAAUAUGGUCUUCAGAGCUCAUUACAGAAUCACAGCUGCGAUUCUCUUUGCCUGCUGUAUCAUCGUUACGGCCAACAAUCUCAUAGGCGAUCCCAUCAAUUGCAUAGCAGACAAUGCUGUUCCUGCACACGUGAUAAAUACGUUCUGCUGGAUAACGUAUACGUUCACUCUACCAGAUAAUAUUCACAAGACAGUUGGUACCCAGGUAGCCCAUCCUGGUCUAGGUGGUGAUGUCGAAAACAAGAGGUAUCAUUCGUACUACCAGUGGGUACCGUUCAUGCUCUUCUUCCAAGGAGUUCUCUUCUACAUUCCACACUGGAUGUGGAAGCAGUGGGAGGAAGGAAAGAUCAGGAUGAUCACCGACGGAAUGCGUGGCGCGUUGAUCGAUGGCAAACAGGAAAGACGUGCCAGGAUGGAGAGGCUGGUCCAGUACAUCGUCGAGACGUUACAUCUGCACAACAGCUACGCCGCCGGUUAUUUCUUCUGCGAGGCGCUGAACUUCAUCAAUGUCGUUGGAAAUAUAUUCUUCGUUGAUACCUUCCUCGGUGGAGCCUUCCUGACCUACGGUACCGACGUGGUCAAAUUCAGCAACAUGAACCAGGAGCAACGUACUGAUCCUAUGGUGGAAGUCUUUCCACGCGUGACCAAGUGUACCUUCCACAAAUUUGGUUCGUCCGGUACCAUCCAGAAGUUGGACGCUCUCUGCAUACUGGCCUUGAACAUUCUCAAUGAAAAGAUUUACAUAUUCCUCUGGUUCUGGUUCAUCAUCCUGGCCGUACUCUCUGGUCUGGCACUUCUGUAUAGUAUGGCCGUGGUGCUGUUGCCAAGCACACGAGAAACCAUCCUCAAGAAGCGCUUCAAGUUUGGCACUCCAGCCGGUGUUAAUGCUCUUAUAAGAAAAACUCAGGUAGGAGACUUUCUCUUGAUCCAUUUGUUGGGACAAAAUAUGAACAUGCUGGUGUUCAACGAGGUUCUCGACGAGCUCUGCCGUCGACUUCAUGUCGGUUCUAGUAGCGGAGCAUCACCGGCAUCGGUACCGUCGGCUCCCAGCACCCUAGAGAUGUCUCCGAUUUACCCAGAGAUUGAGAAGUAUGCCAAGGACACCGAAAUUUAAUACUUUGUGAUAAUACCGAGCUAAGUAACGCCGAGAACGCGUGCAACACUGUGAGAUCAAUCGGGAGAGAGAAAGAGAGAGAGAGAGAGAGAGAGAGAGAGAGAGAGAGAGAGAGAGAACUAGAAAGAUUUAGCGCAGUCGACAGAGUCACCCUUAAUAAAUUUGCAUAGCUCUAUUUAAACGUAGUAAAAAUCUCAUGUCAACUGAAACCUGACGUAAAUUAUCACCUAGAAUAGAAGAAAAUAAAUUGCAAAUAGAAUCGAUUACAAAUUAGACAGAUAACGCUGAACGACUUUAUUACCAUGAAUACCGAUUCUCAAGCACCGGCACAAAGUCUUCCAUACGGAGCAAUGUAAUAAUAAUACUGAGAAAGACAAAACACUCGCCAUACGUCACCAUCAGUAAUCGGUAUCGAUAAAAGAAAAGCUACUUGGAAAUAUUGUGUAUCAAUUAACAUUACAUCACUCGCGACAUUCCGCACCCUAUGCACCUAGUGUAUACGAAAAAUUCGGUCGAUAGUGACAUGUAUAUAUAAAUAUACAUAUAUAGAAAGUGCAUCGUCCAAAUAUUUAUCAAUAAUUACGCAAGGAUGCACCAAGUACACAAGAUCGUAUUUGAAUGGUGAUCGAGCAUGAGUCAAAACCGCGAUGAAACGUUUAUAGGAAUAUCAUCACACCUAAGGAAUGUGCCAAAUAGCAUGAUAGUAGUAGUAGAUUGUACAGUCUCGACGAGCUUAGUCUUUCUCUUUCUCCUCCUCGACGAAGAUCAUCAAAGGUCCAUGCACAUUAGCACGUAAUCGUCUCGCUCUAUUUACGCCAUUGAUUAAUAGGUGAAUUUACUUUUCCUAUAAAUCUAUAUCCAAUAUGUCGCACCAGUGGCUCUUCCGACGCUCGAUCGACGAUUGGACUUUGCAAUGUUUAAGCGCAUUACCAAUCGAUUAACACAGGCCGCGAGAAUCGUCCAGGAGUCUGUUAUACAUAUGGAUCAUUCUCAACCGGUACUUUUGUGUAAUCAUUGUUAAAAAACAUUAUCGCAGCACCAUUAAGCUCUAAUUUAGCGAGUCCUCCGUAGCUCAGAGCGCAUUCCGUCCAGGAUUCCUUGCCGAAGAGAUACAAUUUUGACAUCUGCCCCUCGUACGAGUAACAAGUACUUUCACGGUCCUCCUUAAAGCACAAUCGUCAUACGCAAAAAUGAGGUUGUAGUGAAGUGACAACAUGCUCAAAUUACAUUGUGACUAUCGGUACGUUAUGCAGUACAAGUGCCUGAGAAAAGAUCAUCAAAAAAUUCUACCAUCAUUCACAAAUCAUGAUUCAUAAAUGUUUGGCAUCGUACAUAGUAUAUUUCUUCCAGAUCAUUUCGUAAGAUCUCUUCUCAUAGACAUCUGGAUCUGAUGUGCCAUUGUCGUUCGUCGUCAUCAUCAUCGUUCAUCAAUUCAUUCGUUAGAGGAUAAUUUUCAUAGCAGAGCAACGAUCGACAAGGAAUGGCGUCGUUCGUUCGAGCCGAGACGCUAUGUGGGACCAAGGUAUUCCCAAAGUGUCUUGGUAAGGCUAUUCCUCGUAGCCGGUCCCAGUUGCCCAAGAAAUCAAUUACCCUGGACAUAUUCGGGUACUGAAUUCGCGUUGCAUCGUUUGUAAGACAAAACGCACCAACUGAGAUAUAGCUUGUAAGCGUUUUAACGUCUGCGGAGAGAAGAAGUUCUGUGAGUGUUUUUUUUUUUCUUUUACUUAUACUUCCUUCCUUCCUUUCAAUUGUUGCGUGACAGUUCACGUGGAUCGGUUAACUCGUUAGACCCAUUAACAAUACGUUCUUAAUAUGCCUUUGGUUCUUGAACUUCUUUUUUUGCCUACGAGAAACUUCGACGCUGCUCUUAUCAAGUAUUAACCGACAAUAUAGAUUAAGACUUUGCAACUAUUUGCAUAAUACCCUAGACGCUGAUAAUAGAUUAUAAAUAUAUAUAUAUAUAUAUAUAUAUAUAUGCAUAGAUAUAUAUAAAUAAUAUACUAGAGUCCUGUUUUGAGUGAUAACGUAAGGUAAUCAGUUAGAG